AUGUCUCAGACCGUCGUCCUCAAAGUUGGUAUGUCAUGCCAAGGUUGCGUUGGUGCCGUCAAUAGAGUUUUGGGCAAAAUGGAAGGAGUUGAGUCAUUUGACAUUGAUAUAAAGGAGCAAAAGGUGACAGUGAAAGGCAACGUUGAGCCUGAAGCAGUGUUUCAAACAGUUUCAAAGACUGGAAAGAAGACUGCUUACUGGCCUGUGGAGGCUGCGGCUGAGCCCAAAGCAGAGGCUGAGCCUAAGGCUGAGACCGAGGCUAAACCCGAGGCUGAGACCAAGACCGAGGUUGCUAAGGUUGAUGUUGAACCAAAACUCGCAGAAGCCGAGACUAAGCCAUCAAAUGCUUAA